AUGGCGGCGAACGUCUUGGUUAGGAACCUCAAUGCGAUUCAAGAGACUCAACAACAGGCCUCAGUCAGCAACAUCGACCAUGCCCUCGAUGGCCAAUCCCGAUUUGGAGAGAUAGUUGCCAUUCUGGCUGUUGGAUCCGUUCUGUCGACUGCGGCGGUCAGUCUCCGGGUUUACACUAGGGUUAGGAUGCUGCGAACUUUUGGGCUGGACGACUCGGUGAUGGUGGUUGCCCAGAUGUUCCUUAUAGGAUCGGCUGUUGCCAUUGGGCUUGAGAGCAAAUGGGGUCUUGGUUUUCAUUCAUGGGUUCCUCCACCCGAGGACUACGUCCCGUACAUGAAGUCCUUCUACACCUCGAUCAUCGUGUACAACAUCGCGACCUGCCUUGUCAAGAUCUCCAUCCUAUUGCAAUACCGCCGCAUCUUCGCCAUCGACAUUAUGCAGAAGUUAACGUUGUGGGGUCUUGCCUUUAUGAUCUCGUGGACCGCCAUGCUCUCCUUUCUUCUACCUAUGAUGUGUCUUCCCGUAGCCGCUUUCUGGGAUUCGACCAUCGAAGGCCGCUGCAUAGAUUUCCUUGCCAUCUGGUACACCAUGGCUGGAGUCAACCUCGUAGCCGACUUUGCCAUCUUCAGCAUGCCGAUUCCGGUCAUCAACUCACUGCAACUUCCUCGCAAGCAGAAGAGAAUGUUACUCGUUGUCUUCUGUCUCGGAUUCUUCACAUGCAUCAUCUCUGCACUCAGAAUCCGAACCCUCCGCGUUGCUGCAGAUACAAAAGACCCGUACUGGGAUAACGUGGACGCCGCCACAUGGUCCUUCCUCGAGGUCGCCAUCGGCAUCCUGGCGGCAUGUCUUCCUACCCUCCGACCGAUCUUCGUUACUCUGCUGCCACGCCUCUUCAACGCGUCUUCACUGCAGUUCAGGAGUAGUGGCAGGCCAUCAAAAUACGGUAAUCCGUAUGCUCAACCAAGCGAAGGAAACAACAGAGCCAGUUUUAUGCACGGGCUUGGAUUUCACCGCCCUAUGAGCAGCACAGAGGGGUUGAAUCGCCAAGACGGAGUCGAAAUGUCCGGUCAAGAGAGCGAGACGUCGGCUGAGUACACCGUCAGCGUUAGCACAGGAGCACCUGAAAGCCUCGACAAAAUGUCUCGGGUGAAGAGCAAAAGAGACAGUGUGAUGGAUGGCCAGCAUAUCAGGGGGCAUAUUCGGACUACGACUGUGGUGACUCAGGAGGUCACGUUCGAGAAGCCCUCCAGUUCCAAGUCUAACCCUGACCAGGAUUGA